AUGAGGAAUAACAAUAUCCUCGGGUUGAGGCUUCUCCAAAACAGACUCACUCUAUUAAGGACAAUGAUUCAGAGAAGGGUGACGUUCUGGCCCCGAGAUCAGUAUGAUAUUGUUUUCAACUCUGUUGAGGAGAAGGCUAUUCAAGUGGAUGAGUACCGAAAAGAUGCAGAGGCUCUGAAAGUCCUCCAAGACGAGGUGGCCCAUCUAAGGAGGGAACUCCAUGAUACUCUUCAACGUGCUAUGCAAAAUAUGCUCGAAGUUCAAAAACAAGUGGUGGAACAUGGAAGGAAGUUAUGCCCCGAUGAUGUAAUUUAUACUGAGGUGAUAGAUCUUUUUAUGUCUGCUCCUGGGGUGACUCAAGGAGGUGGUCACGAUGAUUGUUCCUCGCCGAAGAGUAGGAUCUCUAUCGCUGCCCCUGAGGCUUUGCUCGAAUUGAAGUGGGCGUCUCCAGGCUCCACUGCGUAUGUCCUAGGAUUGGCUAGAUCUGAGGAGGGGUGCACCAACUAUACAUAA